AUGAAAGGAAUAGGGUCUAGCGUUAAGUGGUCAGGCAAGCUCAAUGCCAAAGCAAGGAGAGACACGACCAAGUGGUGCGAGUUCCAUGACGACCAUGGACAUAACACCGCGAACUGCAUUGCCCUGCGGUUGGAGGUCGCUGCAUUAUUGAAGAGGGGACAUCUCCAAGAUCUGUUGACAGAUAAAGGGAAGAAUACCAUCAGCCAGAAAAGCACGAAAGAAACAUCUCCACCUUCAUGGGAACCUACGCUAAAAGGAUUCUGCUCAAUCAUCUUAGGAGGGUCAGAGAUCAGUGGGGUCAGUUAUUCCUUAGCCAAACGCUACGCCAGAGCCAAAAACAACCAUGAAAUCCAAUCCAUCCAUCCAUCCUCUCGGUCACACACCCACCAGGUAAUUCAGUUCAAAGAUGAUGGGCUAGUCACCUUGGCCGCCCCUCAUCACGAUGCUCUAGUCAUUUCCUUCCAGAUCGCCAACAUCCUGGUCAAGAAAGUAUUCAUAGAUGGGGGGUCCUCGGCAAACAUUCUUUUCCUUGAAGCAGUAAAGGCGAUGAGUCUGGAAGAAAUAAACAUCAAUAGACGACCAACCAUACUGGUCAGGUUCAGUUUCGAGCAGAAAUACAUCAUCGGAGAGAUCGUCCUUCCUGUUUACGCUAGCGGAGUAAACAAGCAAACCGUUUUUCUAGUGAUCGACUAUCUUUCACCAUACAACAUCAUCUUCGACCGACCUUGGAUCCACGACAUGCGAGCUAUUCCAUCCACCUUUCACCAAACGAUCAGGUUUCGUACAAAAUGGGGAGUAAGGGAAAUCAAGGGCGACGCUAAGGUUUCUAGAGUUUGUUACAAGAACGCCUUCAAAAGCAGGUUGGAUCGACCAUCUCUGGAAGAGUUGGAUGAAGUACAGAUACACUCGAAAGGCCUUGAAAGAAAGACCCAUAUAGGUUCUUGCCUUAGGCCUAAGACAAAAGAGAAACUCAUAGAAUUCCUCAGACAAAACCAGGUUUGUUUCACCUAG